CUCGGCCCAGAUAUCCCCUCUCCGCCCAUCCCUAGUCUGUGUCUCGUGUAUUGUACGCGGCAUUGAGAGUCAGAGAGCGCCGGUUGCUUCACUUUUUUGGAGCGCGCGCCCCCGGCCCCGGCGCACGAGUCGAGUCAGAGGCGGCGCCCACGACAGACAACGUCUCCCUAUCUCUAUAUGGAACCGCGGAGAUGUUCUCCAUCGCGCUGCGCAGCUCCGGCAGACGAUGCAGAUUGACCGGAUCGCCCGUCCCGGCUGCUGGCCUCGACGCCGUCUACCUCGUGCCUCAUCCGGCCUCGCGACAGUGUCGGAGAGCUAGCAACACUGCCUGGCGGCCGGUAUCGGUCCUCGACGAAUGGGUCGCACGAGAAGCUCGUCCGAUAAGCUUGCGGCAGCUCAUGGUCUUUGGCCGCUCCCUGACCGAGUCGCGCCUCAUCAGCUCCGCUAACUACGUCCGCACCGAGCUGCCUGUCAGGAUAGCACAUCGUCUCCGCGACAUGCAGCAGCUCCCCUACGUUGUCGUUACGAACCCCCACAUAAAUGACGUCUAUAACCUCUACUACAAUGCCUUCGACUGUUUCCGCAAGCUCAAAGAGGUCAAGACCCUCGAGGACAACGACCGCUUAUGCGACAUCAUCGCGCAGAACCUCAAGGGUCACUUGACCGUCAUCCCCAAGCUAGCCAUGGGGAUACUCGAGUGUGGCGGCCUCAUGGACCCGAAGGAUCUUGACAACUUCAUGAAUACGAUUCUGAGAUCGCGUAUCUCCCGUCGCGUCAUCGCCGAACAACACCUCUCUCUCACCGAAACCUUCAAUUCGCCCUACUUUUCGCCCGGCGCUAAGCUCUCCGAGUCAGACUUCAUUGGUGAGAUCUUCAUCAAGUGCUCUGCCAAGGAAGUCAUCGAUCGCUGCGCAAAAGCCGUGACGGCGCUCGCCCGUUCAACAAACGGCCCCGAUGCAGCUGUGCCCGAUAUCCAUGUCGUUGGCCACCUCGACGCCAGCUUCCCCUACAUUUUGAGCCACAUCGAGUACAUUGUCGGCGAGCUCCUUCGCAACUCGGUCGAGGCUGUGAUUGAGCGCCAUCAAAAGACCAACGACCCGGCACCGCCGCCGCCCAUCGAAGUCACCAUCUGCGAGGCGCAAGAGCACGUCAUCUUCCGCAUAUCCGACCGCGGGGGCGGCAUUCCCCGCGAGGAGCUCCCCUACUUAUGGUCGUUCAGCAAAGGGCCCCAGAGCCAGAAGCAGCUCGACAACCUGGGCCAGGUGCCCCGUAUGGCCGCCACGAUGCAGGAACUCCACGUCGAAGACGAGCUCGGCCGCGCUGACCUCAAGACGCCCACCUACCACAGCUCCCUCUCUUCGCUCACCAGCCGGCCGCCCAACCUGCGCCUCGGCAUGGGCCUGCCCCUGAGCCGCGUCUACGCCGAGUACUGGGCCGGCAGCCUCAAUCUGCACAGCCUCGAGGGGUACGGCGUGGACGCCUUCCUGCAGAUCUCGAGGCUGGGCAACAAGAACGAGCAGCUCGCGACGCGCGCCAGCAUGGACGCCGUGUGACUAACGCGCUCUAUCUCGAAGCCGCCGCGCCUCGGGCGUCCGUGCUUGUAUGAAAGCGGGGGCUAUGAAUGCAUUAGGACUUUGUGAGCAUUGGGGCAGCAUCGCUAUGGUAGCACACAGGAGCAUACAAUUCAUUUGUUGGCGACGGAGGGAGGAGGGAAACAGCGUGGUGCUCUUUACAUGUCGACUGCCUCCUGUGCAGCGAGGAGUUUGGGGUGGCUUUUGUCAUGAAUCUAGUCACUAAGUUAGUGUCGCCGGGAUGGAACGCUUCAGCCGGGACCAAUACACGGUCGAGCGCGUCCCGUCGAUUCACAGCCAAGCAUUUACAUCUGUUUACUGCCGAGACUUGCAGACUCAAUUACAUUGGCUUUAAGGUACCUGUGGGGGGAAGAAAGGGGCUCGAGUAAAGUGACAAAAUAAAAUAAGGCUACAUGAUCAAAA